AUGUUUUUGUUCUUGAAUUUGCUUCUGGAUUUGCAACAGGAUCUGAAGAAUAUUCUUAGGAAAAUUGAAGUACAACUCCUAGAGAAAGGAGAAAGGAGGAGAGGACAACUAUUUUACCUUAACAAUUUGGGGCGGUCGCCUAAGUUGUCGCCUCCUUUAGCUGUUGUUCGUUGUCGGAGAGAUCACCUGAGUUGUCGCCUCCGCCUGGGUUUCGCGCAAAGCAGUAAUUGCUUGAGUUGUCGCCUCUGCCCGAGUGUCGCACAGAGCAGUGUCGCUGGAGAGAGAAAAAACUACCUCCCUGUCGUUGUGUUGCCUCCCUGUCUCUAUGUCGUGCAGAGCAGUGUUUCCUUCUUCGCUGCCUCCCUGUCACUGGAGAGAGAAGAAGCUGCUACCUUCUGCUUCUACGAGAUUUAGG